AUGUCUCUUUGGGGAAACUCCUACUUUAAAAAGAAUUCAAAACCCUCGGAAAAACCAAAACAGACUUCCGUCCUCUCUUCAAACAUUAAAAAAGAAACCACAGAAAAAAUCCUUCUUCCUCAUGAGGGAGAAACAACCCUUGAGAGACUUUUGCGAAUCGACCAAGAAGACAGACUUCACGGGAGUCGAGCGAAGUCUUCUAAAAAGGUAUUUAAAACGAUGCAAGAGAAGGAUGAAGAUGAUGACAAGAGUGAAGACUCUUCUGAUAGUUUAGAUAAAUCAAACGAUGACUCCGAAGGCGCCCAAAUGAAGAUGGAAGACGACGACUCAUUUUCUGAAGAAGAAGUUAAAGAGGAAUUGAGUGGAGAAGAGAGUUCUUCUGAAGACGAGGACAAGGCGAAAGCGACUAAAAGUAAAAAGGAUAAAGACGAAGAAGAAGAAGACCUUGUUUUGGGAGGUAAAGACACAUUUAAGUUCGACGACUCUUCUGUUUCGGAAGACGAACAAUCUGAACAGAAAAAGAAAUUAACGCCAAAGGAGAAAGAUGCACAACGCGAAGCUCGUCAUGCCAAAGAUGCCGAUUGCACUGUUUUCAUUCAAAAUGUGAAUAAAAAACUCGACUAUAAAACAAUCGGAACUUUCUUGCGCACUUUUGGCCGUGUCGUGUCGUACAGGAUUCGAUGUGUAGCACGUGACGUAGACACCCCAACGCACGGGUUUUACACCUACGCCAACAUGAAAUGUAACGACGUGAAAAAGACAUUCAGUGUGUUUGCUGUCUUCAAGAAUCCGGAGACUGCAGAGAAUAUCGCGAACCAACUUGAUGGACUCUUUUAUGAAGGGUUUCAUCUGCGUGCUGAUGUUAUGAGUAACAAAGGACAACACCGGGGUGUUAAAAGAACAGUGACUAUUGCUGGUCUUCCAUACAAAACAGAAGAAGAAGAUGUGAGGAAGUGGUUAGACGGCAAAGGGUUGAAAGUUGAGCGUGUUGCUUUGCUGAGAAUCAAAGAGACCCAACAGUGCUCUGGCUUUGGGUUUGUCACAUUUGAGAAUAAAGAAGACGUCGAAAAGGUGUACGGAUUCAAUGGAGACACUUUACUCAAUCGAACAAUUCGAUUUGGACCGUAUCACAAAGACCAAAACAAAUACCUCGACAAGAAGAAGGAGCGUGUGGAGAAGAUUCGUGCCGCGAAGAGAGAGAAGAAGAGAGUUAAUAGUGAGCGUAGUAAGGCGUUACUUGGCAAGAAGCGAAAGGAUGAAGAGCGUUCCAAAGCACAGGCAAAAGAGGUCAAAGCAAAGAACAAAGCCAAGAAGUUUAGACACGAGACAAAGCCGAGGAAGAAUUUUGACUAG